AAAAUCCUGGCUGCGCGUGCGCAGGCCGGCGCAGUCAGCGGCCGCGGAGAAAGACGCGCGGACGGCUUCGCGCCGAAAAAAAAUCCGUAAAAUAUAUUCGAAGUUCAAAUAAAAUAAAAAUUAGUAGGAAUUUAUUGUUAUUUGCAAGGAUGGCGAAGUGGAUUUUUGUGUUAUGUGUUUUGAGACUUUCCGAGAUUGUGUGCGGAGAAAUUUCACAAAAUUAUGAUAACCACACACUAGUCCGCUUAUAUCCGGAGAACAUGAAACAGUUGGAGGUGAUUGAACACAUGGUGUUGGGUCUGGAGGUGCUGAAGUACACCCGAGGCCUCAACGACAGCACCGAUGUUCUGGUACCAGGGGACCAGAUGAGGAGCAUACAGGAGAUGGUAGAGAAGGCCCAUUUGAAGUACGACGCUAAAGAACAUUAUGGGAGGUUGUUCGAUAAUGUAAAUAGAGUAGCAAAAAGAAGAAGCGGAGGUUUCAGUGUAUACGAAUAUCACUCCUAUAAUGCAAUAAGAGACCACAUAGAGUUCUUAGCCAAGAAGUAUCCUGAUCUAAUAACCCUGCAGACAUUGGGCAACAGUUUUCAAGGACGGAGGAUGAAGCUCGUCAAAAUAUCUUCAAACCCCAACGCUAGCAAUCCAAUAAUUUUUGUAGAUGCAGGCAUCCACGGGCGCGAGUGGGUGGCGCCGGCGAUGGCGUUAUACCUGAUAGAGCGGCUGGUCAGCGACCCCAGCGCCAGGAGCGAGCUGGCCGGCCUGGACUGGUACAUCCUGCCGGUUGUCAACCCCGACGGGUACGAGUACUCGAGGACCAGUAAGGCGAACCGUCUCUGGAGGAAAACCCGCUCGAAGCCGUCUGGCUACGACUGUUUCGGCGUCGACGGCAACCGCAACUACGAUUAUAAGUGGGCAGUAAGCGGCGUCUCCAAAAACCCCUGCGACGGCGAAACCUACGCUGGCCCUAAACCCUUCUCCGAGAUCGAAACCCAGAUGGUCAGAAACGUCAUGCUUGAAAACCAGAAGCGCCUCAAGCUAUACGUCUCUCUACACUCUUAUGGCAACUAUUUGGUGUACCCUUGGGGAUAUACAGGAGAAAUUUUACCCAAGGAGUGGAGAAGAUUGGAUACGCUAGCGAAGAACGUAGCAAGAGCAAUAUAUGGUGCUGGCGGAGAUCAUUUGACGGUGAUGAGCGCUGGCAAGUGGUACCCCGCGGCUGGGGGCAGUGAUGAUUAUGCGUUUGGGGUGGUGGGAGUCCCAUAUUCUUACACCAUGGAGUUGACUAAGGGUUACGAGUUUAUCUUCCCAGAAAGGUUGCUCAAGGAGGUUCUACCGCAGUACUAUAUUGGGUUUAGGGUAUUUGCUAACCAAAUCAAAAAGGAGUUUUCAAAUCGGAGGGAAAAAAGUUGUUUGGAUGACGAUAGCUCGUGCCAAUAAAAUUUGAAA